AUGGAAAGAACUGGUAGUAUCGCUUUACAGCCCCCAACCUUUGGAAACCUAAUCACUGUUCUGAGCAUCGACGGCGGUGGAAUAAGAGGGCUUAUCCCAGGAACCAUCCUUGCUUUCCUUGAGUCUGAACUUCAGAAACUGAACAAAACAUUGACUAAUGUUGUCAUUCCUGCAUUUGACAUAAAGAAUCUCCAACCAGCUAUAUUUUCCAGCUUCAAGGUGAAAAAUAAGCCUUCCUUUGAUGCCCUACUUUCGGACAUAUGUAUUGCAACCUCAGCGGCGCCAACUUACCUCCCAGCUCAUUAUUUUAAAACCAACGGCCUCAAAGGAAAAGUUAGAGAAUUUCACCUGAUAGAUGGUGGAUUAGCAGCAAAUAAUCCGACUUUGAUUGCUAUUGGUGAAGUGACAAAGGAAUUAAUUAAGGGGAGUUCAGAAUUCUUUCCUAUAAAACCAAUGGACUAUGGAAGAUUUCUGGUGAUAUCCUUAGGAACUGGCUCAUCUAAUGCGGAACUGAAAUACAAUGCUCAUGUUGCCUCCAAGUGGGGUGUGUUGAAUUGGUUAACGAGCGGUGGUUCCACCCCAUUAAUCAAUGCUUUCAGUCAAGCAAGUGCCGAUAUGGUCGAUUUGCAUCUUUCUGUGGUUUUCAAAGCCCUUCACCCGGAGAAAAACUAUCUUCGAAUUCAGGAUGACACGCUAAGCGGCGAAGUAUCUUCCGUAGAUAUAGCAACACAGAAGAAUCUGGACCAUCUUCUCAGAGUUGGUGAAGGACUAUUGAACCAACCAGUUUCCAGGGUUAAUUUAGAGACAGGCAAAUUCGAAGCUUGUAAUGAUCAUGAGACUAAUAAAGAGGCUCUUAUAAGGUUUGCAAAAUUGCUGUCCGAAGAGAAGUGGCUUCGCCUUGCAAGGUCUCCCCAUGGACAUAUUGCAAAGUCUCACUGA